GUGUGCCGUGGAAGAUACCAACACUAACUAUUGGUAUCCGUAGUCGACGGCAGAACUCACGCGCUACGCCGAGAGUGCAAACUCCUUUUUUGGCACAGUUCGCCCCCGCGGACUCCAAUCGCACGCACACUAUCGCAGUCACACGAAUAUAUACCUAUGUGGCCAGCAAAAAGUCGAUUUUUCGCCAACAAAAAGUGGUCGUCUGUGUGGGCAAAACUUUAAAUGGCCGGGGCCAUAAAGGGAGAUUGCAAUAGUUGCAACUUGCCGACUCCUACCGAGAUGUCCUGCAAGGAGCUGCCGCCGCUGCGGAAGAGGUGCUGAGCUCAGCGAGGCGAGAAAAGUUUUUACCAGUCAGUGCCCGUAUCCCCAGGCAAGAGCAUCGCAUCCCAACCCCCUGCUUCUGCUCCUGCUGCUGCUGCUGCUGCUGUGAUUAGAUUGGUGAUAAUGAGUGCAACCGAAGUAUCCAAUUAAAUGUCUGCAAGAUAGGACAACGAUAGCUGUUAGCGUCCAGGCCUAACCAGUGUUCACUGCCAAACACACAACGACGACGGAGGCGGCGGAAGCAUCCCCCAGCGCACGGAGGGAUCAGGACCAGGAGCGACCGGAGCUGGACGUGGACCAGGUCGCAAAGUAGACAGCCUGAUGGCGGGCUGGCGGGGGCGUGGGCUGUGCGCUACGCUGCUGGCCGUGCUCACCUUACUCUCGGCCACGCGUUCGGUGCGCAUCACCAACCUGCGGGUGCCACGCACCUACACGCUCCUCCGGAACCACGAACCCGAUCCUCUGGUCCUCGACUGCGAGGUGGAGAUUGGGCCGCGGGAGCAGGGCUUCGUCCUGAAGUGGCUGUUCAACAACCACUCCAUCUACCAAUGGAUACCCUCGGUCAAGGGGUUCGCCAUGGGCUUCAUGAAGUCGAAGAUAGACAACCGAAUGUUUGCGAUGGAGGGCAGUCCCGGUGUUAUAUCGAUAAAGAAUCCCGACUGGAACAUGACGGGCGAGUAUACCUGUGCGGUGCAGACCUUCGAGUCCACGGAUAAGCGGAGUGCCCGCUUGCAAAUAAUCGUUCCUGAGUCGGAUUUCAUGCUGGAGGCGCGGAUGAGCGGAUCGCGUAUGGACGUGGACAUUAUGUGUGCGGUCCAGCACGUAUUUCCGCAACCCAUGCUGUCGGUCAUGUUUGACACCCACAUACUGGACUCGGUGCUGACGCAGUUGGACCAGGACCCCAGUGGCCUCUACAGCAUGACCGUGCGCACCCGCAUUCCUAGAGAUCAACUCGAGUCCCCCACCCCGAUCACCUGUGCGUUCGUCCUGGUUGGCACCAACUACACCAAGCGCCGGGAGACUAUUUUCUAUGGUAAGUACAGAUAAGGCCUCAACUAUACAACGCAAGUGGACAACGGUCGCCGUAGUCAUGUCCAUCGCAUCCUUAGCUCUAAGCAGUUAGUUUGGUAGUGUCCUUCGAUGUAGGCUAUUUUUACGUUCGGUCUAGAAACUUUGAUAUACUAAUUUUUAAUAGACUUUUAACGGAUAAACGUAAUUUUUUGCGGUAUUUUAAAAAGAUGCGCUUAUUUUGUACAUGCAUGUAAUUGUAAGGAUAAUGAAACACAAACCAGAAACAAACACCACAAUGCGUAAGCAAACGAACCCCAAAAACCGAAAAGGACAACAGUAAAAUAUAACAAGAAAUUCUUGUAUUCAUAUAUUUACCACAUAAAUAAAAUAUAUAUUAUAGUUAUAUAUGAUGUAUAGGUCUAAUUGAAUACAGAAACACUAAUAAAAAAAGGAAUGAAACAUUAAAAGUGCAUUAAACCAACCGCCUUUGUCGUU